AUGAAGCUGAGCUGUGUGCUCAUGGCAUGGGCUCUUCGUGUUUGUCCUGCUGUGCUCCUGGCAACCCACAUGGCACCGGCUGGAUGUCAUGCUGCUGUCAGUUCGGAGACUCUGAAGUGUGAAGGACCAGUCAGCACUGAACAGAGCAGUUGCCACACUCAUGAUGAUGACAAUGAUGAUGAUGAUAGUGAUAUGACCCAUUCCGGAGAAGCUGGCUUCCAGUUCAAGGGCUACGCAUUCAGUAAACCCUUCCAUCUCAUCGUUUCCUAUGAUUGGCUGGUCCUCCAAGGUCCAUCUGCAAUAUUUGAAGGGGACCCACUGGUUCUUCACUGUCGUGCCUGGCAAGACUGGCCACUGACUCAGGUCAUCUUCUACCGAGAGGGCUCAGCCCUGGGUCCUCCUGGACCUAAAAGAGAAUUCUCUAUCGCCGUGGUGCAAAAGUCGGACAGUGGGCGCUACCACUGCAGUGGCAUCUUCAGAAGCCCUGGUCCUGGCAGCCGAGAGACCGCAUCCCCCGUGGCCAUCACAGUCCAAGAGUUGUUCCCAGCCCCCGUUCUCAAAGCCUUACCUUCUAGUGAGCCCCAAGAGGGAGACACAGUGACCCUGAGCUGUCAUACGAAGCUGUCCCUGCAGAAGUCAGCUCUCCGCCUCCUCUUCUCCUUCUACAAGGAUGGAAAGUCAUUGAGUAUCAGAGGAAUCUCUUCAGAACUCCAGAUCCCCAAAGCUUCAGGAGAGCACUCUGGCUCCUACUGGUGCGAAGCAGCCACCGAGGACAGGCAAAUUUGGAAGCAGAGCGCACAGCUGGAAAUCCGGGUACAGGGUCCCUUAAAUUCUGCUGCUUCCUCCAUCUUGAAUCCAGCUCUUCAGAAACCAACUGCUUCAGAAACUCCUCCUCCGGAGCCUCCUGGUCCUCUGCCUUCACCACUUGCCUCUUCUGCUGAGCACCCGGAAUUCUCCUUCUCAGACCCUCACCUACAGCACCAAAUACAACUUCUUCUCAAACAAAUGCAAGACAUAAGAGUUCUCCUUGGUCAUCUGGUCAUGGAGCUGAGGGACUUGUCUGUCUACCUGAAGCCUGGUAUCACAAAGGUUGCUGACAAAUGAAAACAAGCUAUUCAUCUGUGAUAUGCUCCACCAUCGCAAUAAUCCCAGCUCUUUCGGUACUGCACAUACGCAGGAAUAGUAUUGCAAGAUGUCUUAAUACUUCUUUAGACUAGCAGAACUGACUGAGUAUAAAUAAACGGAUGCAGGUGAUA